GCGGCGGCGGCGGCGUCUGGCCCCAGCUCCUCCUCCUCCUCCUCCAUCGCCUCGCUCCCUCCAUCUGCCGUGGUUAUGGCCCGUCGCUGGAGCACAAAAGAGUCUCCGCGCUGGAGGUCGGCGUUGCUCGCGCUUUUCCUCGCGGAGGUGUACGGAACUGGUGCUCUUGCAGAACAUUCUGAAAAUGUGCAUAUUUCAGGAGUGUCAACUGCUUGUGGAGAGACUCCAGAACAAAUUCGAGCACCGAGUGGAAUAAUCACAAGUCCAGGCUGGCCUUCCGAAUAUCCUGCCAAAACCAACUGUAGCUGGCUCAUAAGGGCAAACCCAGGGGAAAUCAUUACUAUAAGUUUUCAGGAUUUUGAUAUUCAAGGGUCCAGAAGAUGCAAUUUGGACUGGUUGACAAUAGAAACGUACAAGAACAUUGAAAGUUACAGAGUCUGUGGUUCCACAAUUCCUCCUCCAUAUAUUUCUUCACAAGACCACAUUUGGAUUCGGUUCCAUUCAGAUGACAGCAUCUCCAGAAAGGGAUUCCGACUGUCAUAUUUUUCAGGGAAAUCCGAGGAGCCAAACUGUGCUUGUGAUCAGUUUCGCUGUGGGAACGGAAAGUGUAUACCAGAGGCCUGGAAGUGUAAUAACAUGGAUGAGUGUGGAGAUGGUUCCGAUGAAGAGAUCUGUGCCAAAGAAGCUAAUCCUCCCACAGCUGCUUCUUUUCAACCCUGCGCCUACAACCAGUUCCAGUGUCUGUCUCGUUUCACCAAGGUUUACACUUGUCUCCCAGAGUCAUUGAAAUGUGAUGGGAACAUUGACUGCCUUGACCUAGGAGAUGAGAUAGACUGUGAUGUGCCGACUUGUGGGCAAUGGUUAAAAUAUUUUUAUGGUACUUUUAAUUCUCCUAAUUAUCCAGACUUCUAUCCUCCUGGGAGCAAUUGCACCUGGCUGAUAGACACUGGUGAUCACCGUAAAGUUAUUUUACGUUUCACUGACUUUAAACUUGAUGGCACUGGCUAUGGUGAUUAUGUCAAAGUUUAUGAUGGAUUAGAGGAGAACCCUCACAAGCUUUUGCGUGUAUUGACUGCUUUCGAUUCCCAUGCCCCUCUUACAGUGGUUUCUUCUUCUGGGCAGAUAAGAGUACAUUUUUGUGCUGAUAAAGUGAAUGCUGCAAGAGGGUUUAAUGCCACCUACCAAGUAGAUGGCUUCUGUUUGCCGUGGGAAAUACCUUGUGGAGGUAACUGGGGGUGCUACACUGAGCAGCAGCGAUGUGAUGGGUAUUGGCAUUGCCCAAAUGGAAGGGAUGAAAUCAACUGUACUAUGUGCCAAAAGGAAGAAUUUCCAUGUUCCCGAAAUGGUGUCUGUUACCCUCGCUCUGACCGUUGCAACUACCAAAAUCAUUGUCCAAAUGGCUCAGAUGAAAAAAACUGCUUCUUUUGCCAGCCAGGAAAUUUUCAUUGUAAAAAUAACCGCUGUGUGUUUGAAAGCUGGGUGUGUGAUUCUCAGGAUGACUGUGGUGAUGGCAGCGAUGAAGAGAAUUGCCCAGUUAUUGUGCCUACCAGAGUCAUAACUGCAGCCGUCAUCGGAAGCCUUAUCUGUGGCCUGUUACUAGUCAUUGCAUUAGGAUGCACUUGUAAGCUGUAUUCUUUGAGAAUGUUUGAACGAAGGUCAUUUGAGACCCAGUUGUCUAGAGUGGAAGCAGAACUGCUGCGAAGAGAAGCUCCUCCCUCUUAUGGACAGUUGAUUGCUCAGGGUUUAAUUCCACCAGUGGAAGAUUUUCCUGUUUGCUCACCUAACCAGGCUUCUGUUUUGGAAAAUCUGAGGCUAGCUGUUCGAUCUCAGUUGGGAUUUACUUCCAUCAGGCUCCCUAUGGCAGGCAGAUCCAGCAACAUCUGGAAUCGUAUUUUUAAUUUUGCACGAUCACGUCAUUCGGGAUCCCUGGCCCUGGUCUCGGCCGACGGGGACGAGGGUGUCCCGGGUCAGAGCAGCAGCAGGGAAGCCGAGAGAAGUCAUGGUCACCGAAGCUUGUUCCCGGUCGAGUCGGACGACACAGACACGGAGCACGAGAGGAGAGAGGCAGGGGGAGCAUCCGGUGGUGUUGCCGCUCCCCUGCCCCAGAAAGUCCCUCCUUCCACUGCGGUGGAAGCCCCGGUGGGAGCAGGGGGGAGCUCGGCGACGCCGGGCAGCCGAGGAGGUCCCGCGGAGCCCGGGAGGGAUGUGACAGGUGUGGAGCCCCCAAGCGCCAGCCCGGCGCGCCACCAGCUCACCAGCGCGCUAAGUCGCGUGACGCAGGGCCUGCGCUGGGUGCGCUUUACACUAAGUCGGUCCAGUCCCGCCAGCCAGAACCAGAGCCCUUUGAGACAGCUUGAUAAUGGGGUCAGUGGACGAGAAGAGGAUGACGAUGUUGAAAUGCUAAUUCCAGUUUCAGACGGAGCCUCAGACAGCGAUGCCAACGACUGCUCCAGACCUCUUCUUGAUCUUGCCCCAGAUCAAGGACAAGCGCCCAGACAGCCUCAGAGCGCAACAAGCCCUGGAGGCCGACCCAGUCCUCGAGAUGGCCCCUGUGAGCGCUGCGGCAUCGUCCACACGGCCCAGAUACCCGACCCUUGCCUAGAAGUGACCCUGAAGAAUGAGACGAGUGAUGAUGAGGCUUUGUUACUUUGUUAGGUACUGUCACCCGCCACACGAGGGAGAUUGUAUACAAGUUGGAGCAAUACCCAUUCAUUGUUUUGUAACUUUACAAUUAAACUAUUAGUUUUAGUUUCAAAAGAAAAGAUGCAGGGUGAUUUCUUAUUAUUAUAUGUUAGCCUGCAUGGAUAAAUAAAACAAUUUGUAACUCUAUGAACUUAGAGUUUACUAUGUUAGCAGCUAAAACUGCAUUAUGUAUUCAUAUUGUUCAGUAAUGUUCUUCCAUUUGUUUUUAUGUUUUUCUUUUUUAUCCUGGUACUGUAGUUCAUAGUAGAGAGAUAUGGCUGCUUAAAUUCAUUUGACUGUCAUUUUAUCUAUCCUAUGUUAAAAGGUUUGUUUGUACAAAAUAAUAUCUUCUUUUAAUUGAAUCUUUCAUGCCUUUGCCAACAUGUAACUUAUUACACUAGAUGUUAACGUUGUUAAUGUACAAAAAAAGAGAACAAACUCUUAUACUCACCUCCUUAUUUUGCAUAACAUUAUUACUGGAUCUCAUCAUAUUAUGAACUUGUCAAAGGAAAAAAAAUCUUCCUUAAAUUUCCUCUUAUGUUAACAUACAAUGUUGUAAAAUUUAGGUAGCGUUAGAUAAUUAAUGUCAAAAAGGAAACUUUUAUAGAUUUUCUAAUGCUGACUUUAAUACUCUAAUAUGGUACAAACCAAAUGGUAAAAAUCCCAAGUCAUUUCUGUUUUCAUCUCUAUUUAGGGACAGAAUUAAGUGGAUGAAGAUACUCUACUAUGCAUUAAAUCUUGAACUUUAUAAAAUAUGUACAAAAAUUGUACAUGAUAAGCUCCACCUGGUAAUGUCUUUCCCUAAUGCAGGGUUUCGCUUGUAUUGGGCCCUAGGGAUUUGCACUAAAAUCACAUCAAGGUCUCAGAUGAGUUGAGUGCACAGGCACUAUCACUUUAAAUGCUAUUAUUUGCUACCACAGUGACUAUAUAUUUCCAUAGCUUUUUGGGGGUGGGGGACCAUUUUUAUUACAACUUGAAAUUGCUUUGCUAAUUUCAUAUUUAUUUGUUUAUUUGUAUUUAAAAACUGCAUUAUUGUAAGAGUGAUCUUUUUCAGUAUAUUUUAUUCAUGGGGGGAGAUCAUUGCUAUACUCUUGAAAAAAAAGCAAAUUAAGAAUCCAUUCAGAUUGCCCUCCUUUUUAAGUAGAGUGAAUUACAAAACCCAAUUUAUUUUUUUUACUGUCAACUCCUGUUUAUUUAUUCUUUAGCUGUCUGUUUUAGUAGCUUAAUGAUUGAGUAUGGAAAAUGUAUUUGUGUGUGAUUAUUGCUAUUUAUUAAAUUUUAAAUACUUUGCUGAAUGUCAUUUAAAGCAUGUUUGAGGUCUUGUGUAUUUGUCCUGUUAUGCUGUCAGGAAGCACUGACUAAAAUGUUUUAAUAUGUAUCAAAAUUAAAAUAAUUUUUUAUUGUCUUGA